AUGCCAGAACGGUCAGACGUACAUUACUUCGGCGCUGGCCCGGCACCACUUCCAUCUGCAGUGCUCGAACGUGCUUCUCAAGCCUUGCUCAACUACAAAGGUCAAGGCGUUGGCAUAUGCGAGAUCUCGCAUCGAUCGGCGGACGCAAAUGAGAUACUUGCCGACGCAAAAGCAGCCCUCACGAGCUUGCUUGACAUACCUGAAGAUUACGAGAUCUUGUUUCUUCAAGGCGGAGGUAGCGGAGAGUUCAGUGCGGUCGUCUAUAACCUAGUCGGCGUCUGGGUUGAGAAGAGGCGUGCACAAGCCGAGAAGGACCUCAGCGCCUCUACCGAUGCCAAGGGUGAAGCACUUGAGCAGAAGAUAUUUGAGCGGGUUCAACGAGAAGUCAAAGAAGAACUUAGACUCGAUUACUUGGUCACAGGAUCUUGGUCACUCAAAGCUUCCCAAGAAGCAUCUCGACUCAUAGGUGCAGAGUAUGUGAAUGUUGCAGUCGACUCUCGCAAAGCCAAUAACGGCAAAUUCGGUGUGAUUCCGUCAGAGUCAGACUGGAAGCCUACACCAGGGAACAAGGCUGCGUUCACAUACUUCUGUGACAAUGAAACCGUUGACGGUGUAGAGUUUCCCCAAUUCCCAAAGAGCUUGGAAGGAGCAGAUGCCCCCUGGGUCGUUGCAGAUAUGUCAUCCAACUUCAUCAGCCGCAAGGUGGAUGUCAGCAAGUAUUCGGUCAUUUUCGGUGGUGCACAGAAGAAUGUCGGUAAUGCCGGGAUUACAAUAGUGAUUGUGAAAAAGUCGUUACUUCCACCGGCAUCACCUCAGGCCGCACCAGAAUUACUACGGAGGCUCAAUCUCCCCAUUGGUCCAAUUGUUUUCGACUGGCCGACUAUUGCCAAAAAUAAUUCGCUCUACAACACCUUGCCCAUAUUCGACGUCUGGAUUGCGGGCCAAGUCAUGUCUGACCUUGUAUCCACCUAUGGGGCAAAGAAGAUAGCGGGCCAAGGGGAAAUAUCUGCUGAGAAGGCAAACAUCAUAUAUGGCACGCUAGAACAGUACCCAAAUGUGUACAAGGUCGUUCCCGACAAAACAGUCCGUAGCAGGAUGAAUAUCUGCUUUCGAGUAAACGGGGGCGACGAAGAGAAAGAGAAGACUUUUCUUGCGGGUGCUCAGAAAAUCGGCCUGCUGGGCUUGAAGGGUCACCGAAGUGUUGGUGGCAUACGCGCAAGUAAUUACAAUGCCGUGUCACUGGACGGCGCUAAGAAGCUCGUUACCUACCUCGAGACGUACGCUACCGGUGCAUAA